AUGGUCAUUGUGCAUGAGAAGGAAUUUCUGCUCAAGGACUUGACAACAGAAGGGUUACUUGGAGAGGAUAGAAGAUUAGGUGAGGUUUGUUCCAAGAGAGUGUACAGAAUAUUAAUGGCUCAAUGUGGAAGCAUCAAAACUGAUGAUGUUGAGGAAGGAGCUGAUUUCUUCAGCCGAUCAAUCUGACUGAAUAAACUCUUCAGUGUAAUUAUUGGGAAUUGCCUCCAAGUGGAUAUAAAAGAGGUGUGUAUGUGCUAUGCUCACAAUUGAGCUCAUUGUUUAUGGUGGUUCACUAUGGGAUAAUGUUUGGAGAUAAUAGUUUCUGGAACCCACUCUCUUGAGUUGCUUUGUAACUGUGACCUAUUCUAUACAUCUCGAUGGAUUUGACUGAAUACAAGUGUUUAUUCACCCUAGCACCGCAUUAUUGUUCGAG